AAAAACAAUUGGUUAUUUAUUUUCCUUUUCAAACAGUACCUUGCGUUCCAAAUCAGCUAGCCCGAACUACACCAGAGCUCCCUGUAUAUAAAAAAAUCCCGACUCAAAACAGAGGACAUGGCAUAUUGAUUUAUGCGCUCAGUUUGUGUUUCAAUAGCAAAAACGUGCUGCCUUUUUUGACGCUUUGAGGCCGCAAUAAAGAUCUGGGUUUUAUUGAGCGGUAGUAAAGUUCUUGACUUGAUCCAUUCUCAGCUCGAUAGUAAGCCCUUGCCUUUAACUUCAGGGGACCUGAAACUAUAAGCUGUUGCGGGAGACUGGUGUCCUUUGCUUUUCAAUCUCAGUGCCAAUGUGGCAACCCAAUUUGUAAGGACAGACAACCAAAGCUGUUUAGCAACCAUGGGAGAUGGCAAUAAUAGAAGCAGCAACAACAAUGAGAAGCCAGAGUGGCUGCAACAGUACAAUCUUAUUGGCAAGAUUGGUGAAGGAACUUAUGGUCUUGUGUUCCUUGCAAAAACCAAGUCUCCUGCAAAUCGUGGAAAGUCCAUUGCCAUCAAGAAAUUCAAGCAGUCCAAGGAUGGUGAUGGUGUCUCUCCCACUGCCAUCCGUGAAAUCAUGCUGCUUAGGGAAAUUACUCAUGAGAAUGUUGUGAAGCUUGUGAAUGUGCAUAUUAAUCAUACUGAUAUGUCACUGUAUCUGGCUUUUGAUUAUGCUGAACAUGACCUUUAUGAAAUCAUCAGGCAUCACAGAGACAAGGGUAACAAUUUGAUCCACCAAUACACUGUUAAAUCAUUGCUCUGGCAGCUACUCAAUGGACUGAACUAUCUGCACAGUAACUGGAUCAUACAUAGAGAUCUAAAGCCAUCAAAUAUCUUAGUUAUGGGUGAGGGAGAGGAACAUGGGGUUGUCAAAAUUGCUGAUUUUGGACUUGCAAGGAUAUAUCAAGCUCCCUUGAAGGCAUUGUCUGAUAAUGGUGUUGUGGUAACCAUUUGGUAUCGUGCACCUGAGUUGCUUCUUGGGGCUAAGCACUACACAAGUGCUAUUGACAUGUGGGCUGUUGGAUGCAUUUUUGCUGAACUUCUGACUUUGAAGCCACUUUUUCAAGGGGCAGAAGCCAAAUCAGCAUCAAAUCCUUUCCAGCUUGAUCAACUUGACAAGAUAUUUAAGGUCCUAGGCCAUCCUACACUGGAAAAAUGGCCAACACUUGCAAGCCUUCCACAUUGGCAGAAUGAUGUGCACCGUAUCCAAGAGCACAAGUAUGAGAAUACUGGGCUACAUAGUGUUGUACCUCUCUCUCCAAAAGGUGCUCCAUUUGACCUUCUUUCUAAGAUGCUAGAAUAUGAUCCUCAAAAGCGUAUAACUGCUGCACAAGCUCUAGAGCACGAUUAUUUUCGAAGCGAACCUCUCCCUGGACGGAAUGCCCUGGUACCCUCUCAACCUGGAGAGAAAGUCAUCAAUUAUCCUACACGUCCAGUAGAUACAAAUACAGAUUUUGAAGGAACGACUAGCCUUCAACCUCCACAGCCAGUAUCAUCUGGAAAUGCAGUUUCUGGAGGCAUACCAGGUGCUCAUGGAGUUAACAACAGAUCUGCACCACGACCAAUGCCUAUUGGCCUGCAGAGAAUGCAAACUCAGGGCAUGACGGCUUAUAAUCUCGCAUCUCAGGCAGGGAUGGGUGGUGGAAUGAAUCCUGGUAACAUCCCUAUGCCACGUGGUGUUGCCCAGCCCCAUCAGCAGCAUCAACUGAGAAGGAAAGACCCUCCAGGAACGGGGACUGGAUACCCUCCCCAACAAAAAUCAAGACGCUAAUUAGCAAAUGGCAUCUAGACAGACUAACAAUGAAUCGUCUUCUUUUUUACAUCUAUGGAGCCCGACCUUGUCGCUGUGGAUGAAUGAUCCUGUUGAGUGCAUCCAAGACCACAUCGAAUUCAAGAAGGUUUUCCACUUGUCAUGUAUGGGACAAUUAUUGUAGGCUUUUUCCCGUCGUCUUUGCUUGAGGCAAGUAAUAGCUUCAUUGCAUUUCUCUUCGGGAGAUUCUGAGUUUACACGUCCAAGUUGCAAGAUAAUCUUGAGAGGGGCAUGUUCUAAAGGAGAAAGCAGUAGUUGUAUUGUAGCGAUUGUAUUGUGUUUGCUUUUAAAGCAGAACACACAAGUGUAGCAUUGUUCAGUUCAAGACUACUAGCAUCUCAGUCUUAAAUGUGAAUGUAUUUCCACACGCGGUACAAGAGAGGUGAUUCCCCUAGUUGAUAUCAAGAUCUUACUAAAAGUCAA